AUGUCUCAAUUGACGUUGCUACCUGAUAACCUCGACUUUCCAUCUUCACUCCAAGGCUCUCACACUUGUGGAAUCAUCCCUGAAAAUACUCUGAAUCUUUGCUAUCACCGCUGGCCAGGACUAAAGUGGGUACAGAGUAGUCGAGUAAGGACUACAUGGAGAAGUUCAUCAACACAUUGCUCUUUGUCCAUCUCGUUUGGUUUUACGUCAGCCAUGCGUG